CUACUCUGCAGAAUGCAAUCGAAAUCGUGAUACUAAUCUCGUACUUCAUCGAAGAUAGACGAAUCAUCCUACACAGGAGCAGUUGUUCAUAAGGUAUCAUGUAUUGAAUUCUACCACGAUCUUCUCAUCGCAGUAGUAUACUAUGCUCAUCUCAUCUCAGCUCAUCCACCAAAAUAAGACACUCCCGUGUGGUUUGUUGGGAGCCACAAAAAAAAGGGUAGGGUUCCAAGUAGAAACAAAGAAGAGGAAAUCUAGAGAAAGCAGAGAGGUAAAUGUGUCCAACCUGACACGGAAACGCUCAAGUCCAUCCACCUGUCCAAAUACCUUCUCGCUGUCCAAAUCAUUAGGGGUAACAAAAGCUAUGUCAACACUUUUUACCUCGCAGCUUUUGCGUGGAAGAUUUUUUUUCUCAGGCGCUUUUGCUUUUGCUUUUUUUUUUUUUGUCUUUUUUGGUUUCGGUCUUUUUCUGCUUUUUUUGUUUUGGAGGGGACCUCUCUCCAUCAGCCAAGAUUCCGAAUGGUGCAGACAGCGUAGUUCUCUGCCUGUGAAAGAAAAAAGAAGUGUAUAUUUCAUGGGAGGUGAGAGGUUAUGCCACAUUAGUGUAUGUAUUUGAGUAGGAUGGGGGAAGUUCGGUCAAAGGGAGUCAAAUAUAGAGUCCUCAGGUCAGCAAGCACAAACUGCCACCUGGGUGCCGCUGAAUGGGAUAGAACUCCAACAAGGCUGAGAAAGAAAGAUCACACAAAUGAAAUAGGAAAUGAUUCAAUAAAAAAAUGUAAACAGGCAAAUGCAAUUUAAGACUCGAACGGCUCGCGCUUGCAAUGCUAGAUAUAAGAAUGAGAUGCAACU